GUCGCCUCUUUUUGUUAAUGCUGGUCAUUGCAAUUCCUAAUAGCAAAAUCCCGAUGGUUAUUACAAGAUGUUCUUUUUGUGGACUAAAACAUGGAAACGAGUUAAAUUCAGGCGCGCUUUGAAUAAGUAUUGGCAGCCUGCAACUACUAAUAGCUUCGUGGUCGCUUCUUCCAAAGCGGCAGGAGUGUCUUGCGUUGCGUUUUGCGACGGGGGCAUAUCUGCGGAGUUACAUUUGUUGCUAGAAUAAGCGUGAAUCAUAGUACACCGAGGGUCCACAUCUUCGUGUUGCUGUUCGCAGCAAUAUUCGGAUAACCCUCUCGGUGUCUCCAUUGAGCACAAACAUUUUAAAGCCUUGGUGAAAAAAAAAACUCUAAAACACAAACAUAAGUUCGUCAAACCGUACGUAACCUUAAGCGAUCUAACUAUCCAAAAACUCGUCAUUAGCUGUCUUGAAUUCAGGUUGUUGGACCUUAAAUCUUUUCGGAGAAGGCGUGAUUAAGUCUCGUAAGCUCGUUCGUUUCGUGGGCGUUGUUGAUUCUGCACCUGGUGAAGAACGGGCGUUUCGUUCUUCGGUUGCUUCUUUUGUCCACUGGCCACUUUGGAGCUGUGCAUAGUAAUCUCUAACGGUGGCCUCGAUGCUGCCAGAUGAGAAUGAGGUUUGCUGUAAAAGACCGCGGACAGUGUAUGACCAAACCUGUUUGAGUAGUGUCUCUGGCGGCUCCAUCCAUAGUCUCCAUCGCCAUUCGAGUUGGAUAUUGUGUACGCUUCCUUGGCAGAGAAGGUCAAUGCUUCCUCUGUCAUCGCUUAGGCAGAGUUGUGUUCGGCUGGGUGUUCCAAUGUCCAUUAACAAUCUCUCCAGUGCCUCCAUCAGCUCGUCGUAUGUGUUUACGGGAUCAAUGGGACAUCUGUUUCUCUAAUGUCAUCGUCAGCAUUUCAAACACACUUUUGCGGCUCUGUACCUCUGCUUCUUGGAUAAUGUCCUCUUGCCGAAACGUGCAUGUCCAUAUGUACGCCAAAUCCGUUAAACUGAUGAAUGCAGUUUCACCGUUUCCAUUACGCAUUCGGGCCUUCACAAAAUGGCAUUUGUGCCCCUUAAGCUGAACCCAAUCCAUGUCGUCCAGUUUUGCGAGUAUCACUAGCCGCCACUGAAGAAGAUCGUCGACCGUAAACAAACCAUGAGUCACACACACAAUUCCGAGUACUUCAAACAGCCUAUUGGAGUCAGAAUGAUUUAUUAGAUACGGACAGAAUCAUGAACAAUAAUCUAAAGGAUAUAACCUGCCCACGGGGUAUACAUCCAUAAAAACUCGAUGCAAACACUUGGAGGCAGGGUAUUUUUCUCCCCAAUCUGUUUCAGCUCGAUGGUCCUAGAAAACGAACGGACACGUCUAUACGCCGAGGCGAAUGGAACACAUCUGGUCGAGCCUACCAUAGAGCCAAAUUAGACGGGUGACAACUUUCAUCGAAUGGGGAAUCCAGCACACUCCUUUUAUACUUUUCUCUGAGGCGAAAAAAAUCGGCAGCAGUCCUACGUUCGGCGAUGCGACCAUUGAUAGUGAUGCUAAAUGUUGGCUGGUAGUCUCGUUUAUUGGAUCACUUUGCUCUAUAACGCUGUUUGUUGUUGUGCAAAAAGGGACAUAGAAAUAAGCGACGUUACCGAGCCAGUGGAACUGUUCGUUUACAACAAGAAAGCGCGAGUACGAGAAACAUCAAUCAAAGCUUGCUGAAGGAAUUGCUGCUCUCAUUACGCUACAGGUUUCGCAUUAGCGACACUUCCUCGUUUAUUGUUUGAAGGAAGCCCGGUUGGAUUCGACACUCGUCGCUCGUCAAUAUUACUGAAAUAUGGAGGAUCGGAUGGACUUGGAUGAAGACGAACAAGCCAUUGCGCAGGUCCUGAGCAUUGUACAGGUGAACAGGGAACACAAUUCGUUCGCCAAAUCGCCUUCUCAUCAAAAUGUCGCUAUUCAUGAGAAGGGACCAAUCUGCAAUAUUGAUUGCGUAAACAUAUUGUUUGUUUUAGACACCAACUUUUUACUGUCGCACAUGACAUUUUGUGAAGAUUUGUUACGGUAUACGAACGCCGAAAAGGAACUCGCAAUUGUUAUUCCAUGGACUGUCUUACAAGAACUCGAUGGACUCAAGUCGAAUGAGGGCACUUGCGGUUAUUUGGCUAGACAAGCACACACAUUCUUGCUUGAGCAGUUUCAACAGACGCAUACUGGUAUUUACGGACAGCGUGUAGAUGAACAAUGUCGUUCGGGAGAAAAGGGUGAUAACUCCAUCUUGGAUUGUUGCAUUUACUUCCAAAAUGAGCGUCUAAAACGGGUAAUUCUGUUGUCGGACGACAAAAAUCUUUGUGUAAAAUCAGCCGUUCACGCAAUUGAGACAUUCUCGCUCACCCGUAAAACGCAUGCAUACGAUUUCUUGGUAAGUGUGAUUGGCGAAAACCUAAAACAGCAGCCAAAGUCGCUGAGCCAAGCGCCGGCAAUCAUGGAAGUCGAUGUUGUUGCUGUCCCUUCACCCUCUAUCGUUUCUUCGACCCGUGCGUCAACGGUCGAUUUCCCUAUGGAUGCUCAAGACAAUAGUGCCUGGAGUUCCCGGUAUGCGCGGGUCGAUGCCACUACUGUAAUUGAUGAGCGGCCUACGGAAUCUUUGGAUAUUGCUUAUGACUACCCACUGCUGUCGAAACAAGAAAUCUUGGCAAGUUCGCAUCCGCGCACAUUAAAAUUACUGGAUCAGAUUACUAAAGUGCUUGUUGAGCAUAGUGGUAUCCUGUUGGUUGCUCAUUUAACCAACGUGUGGGAGACGGAAGACUUGGCAAUUCAAACAUUGCAUUCAUCAAAUUCAUUUCCACCACAAAACAUAAACGACGUAGCCUUCAUACUCGAAAGGCAUUGGGGCACGUGUUUUGAUGGCUAUAUUCCGUUUAAAGAGUCUAGCCGUCUGAAAUCAAUUGCAUUGGAUUGGGAAAAGUGGAUGCUUUGGGCUGAGAACGGGACUUCCAGUGGACCAGAAUCAAAUGAACUGCUCCUCGACGCUAUUCUGUUUUGGGUAAAGCUUUGGCGAGUUUUAAGUCGUCAAAACAUACUGCAGCAUCCAUUGCAAACGCAUUCGCUUGUGUACCAAGCAAUGCAAACACGCAUCGCAUCCAUCAAUGAGCCCAGUGCUUAUGCGAAAUUCCGUGAACAACAGAUUUCAAAGUGGACAGAGCGAGCGCUGCGGCCUGGUCUGUUGUCGUGAGUUUGCUUCGCCUAUUAUUUGUACAUAAAAAACAUUUAGUGAAAAUCUCAAUUCGAUUUUUGGUUCGGGAUCGAACAAUUGCGAGGCUAGUCGGAAUCCGAUCUCUGCAACUUUAUUUCCUGCUCUAUAAUAGAGCUAAUGGUAGAGAGCGUUGCAUCGAAAUCCGUUACCUCUUCAGGGUCAUUGGGAAAAGCGCCUGAAAGUUCUGUCGUUGCAAACACUUGACGACGGAAUCUAGCAGACAAAAUUCGAGAGAGUCUGUUACUAGAUUCGUCAACGCUUCCGAUUCCGGUUAGAGUGGAGCUAACUAUUUCCCCACGUCUCGCAGGGUUCAGCGACGGCAUAGCCAGCGACAUUGAACCGAACGGGGCUGAUGCCUUGUUCGAUGCCCAGAUGAAAACGGCGUCUGAAGGGUAUAGAAAAACGACUUGAAUCCAGAUUUUGUGUUGUCCGGGAAGUUGCGGAUUAUGAACGAUCUGCACAACUUUGUGCUCCGACUCUUCUAAACUCAUUUCUGAGACCAUGACUGUUAGCUUUUAAUCUUGAGAGCGACUUACUACCGUGUGUAUGUUUAUAUAUCUUGAUUCUAUGGGAAUAUCCGAUCACCGAAAUGUAAGGAAACGAGCUAUUAGUGCUGUUGCAAUUUGUUAUACUGCGUUAACCUGAAGUUCGGGAAGCUUAAAAUGAAAUAAACUGGCCGGGCUACAGAGGAGGAAGUUGGUUGUUUUUUGGUUGGCCUGUAUAGCUUUCAGAACGUCGUGAACUAAUUUUACUACGCAGCAAUUGAACUUAACUUGGCCUUGGUAUUUUGAUAUAGCG